UCCCUGUGUGAAAGGGAAGAGGAUUGAAUGAACCCUCCUCCUCCUGCCUCUUGCAAAAGGAAUGAAAAAAGGAGCCGUGUGUGUUUGUGAAUGCGAGAGAACUUCACUGUGAGUCACUGCUUUGUUGCAGACAACAUCUUUACAGCCUCACAGAAGAAAACUUUUGAAAGAGACCAAAUAGAAAUAGAAGAAGAAGCCAACAUGUCCAAACCUAACUACUCCGGUACUUUCCAUAUGGUGGAACAGGAAAAUAUGGACGCCUACCUUGCUGCUUUAGACAUCAACUUCGCACUGAGGAAGAUCGUAUGCCUGCUGAAGCCCUCCAAAGAGAUCAUCCACGAUCCCACCUCGGGCUCCAUGAAGAUCCGCACCCUCACCACUUUCAAGAACUUCGACAUGGAUUUCACCAUAGGACAAGAGUUCACAGAAGACCUGGGCCCUGUGGACGGACGGACGUGUCAAACCACAGUGAGCUGGGAUGUGGACAAGCUGCUCUGCGUACAGAAAGGUGAGAAGGCAGGCCGAGGUUGGACGCACUGGCUGGAGGGCAACAAGCUGCAUUUGGAGAUGAGAGCUGAAGGCGUCGUUGCCAGGCAGGUCUUCAAGAAGGCCGAUUGAAGUGUCUUUUGAAAUGAAUAAGCUCAUUUGUGUAGGAAGUAGUCAAGGUACAUGAAUUUUAAUUACUAUGAUGAAAUGUUAGAAGCAAUGUUGAUGUUUGUGUGUUGUGGUAACCAUUAGAGCAGACCUGGGCAAAUUAAUGCGGCCUGUUAAACUUUUCAAUCUGGCCCGCCGGACAUUCCAAAAUAUUUUUUUUACAUCUUUAAGACGGGUACUCCGGCUUCCUCCCACUUCCAAAGACAUGCACCUGGGGAUAGGUUGAUUGGCAACACUAAAUUUGCCCUAGUGUGUGAAUGUUGUCUGUCUAUCUGUGUUGGCCCUGCGAUGAGGUGGCGAUUUGUCCAGGGUGUACCCCGCCUUCCGCCCGAUUGUAGCUGAGAUAGGCGCCAGCGCCCCCCGCGACCCCGAAAGGGAAUAAGCGGUAGAAAAUGGAUGGAUGGAUGGAAGAUGGAAAGUGUAGCUGCCGUUAUGAUGUGCACUCAUGUUUUCUAACGACCGUAAGUCUUCAACUAUACAAAGUAUUUCAAUAGUUGGAAUCUGCGCUUAUGGAUGAUAUUCCAGUUACUUGGGGUGUGGGGGAAAAUCCAUUCGAAUACGUUGUGCGAUUCAGAAUCCAUUCUCAUUUUUAAAAAAAAUCGAUUUUUUUUUUUUUAGUUUUUAGUUUUUUUAUCAAUCCAACAAACAAUACACAGCAAUACCAUAACAUCCAAUUCCAAAACCAAAGCUGACCCAGCAACACUCAGAACUGCAAUAAACAGAGCAAUUGAGAGGAGACACAAACACCACACAGAACAAACCAAAAGUAGUGAAACAAAAAUGAAUAUUAUCAACAACAGUAUCAAUAUUAGUUAUAAUUUCAGCAUAGCAGUGAUUAAAAAUCCCUCAUUGACAUUAUCAUUAGACAUUUAUAAAAAUAAUAAAGAACAAUAGUGUCACAGUGGCUUACACUUGCAUGGCAUCUCAUAAGCUGGACAACACACUGUGUCCAAUGUUUUCACAAAGAUAAAAUAAGUCAUAUUUUUGGUUUGUUUAAUAGUUAAAACAAAUUUAGAUUAUUGCAAUCAGUUGAUUGCAAUAAUCUAAAUUAUAAAAGGUUUUUUUAAAAAUCUACUACUCUGCUAGCAUGUCAGCAGACUGGGGUAGAUCCUGCUGAAAUCUAUGUAUUGAAUGAAUACAGAAUCGUUUUGAAUCGAGAAUCGCGUUGAAUCGAAAAAAUCGAUAUAUUAUCGAAUCGCGACCCCAAUAAUCGAUAUUGAAUCGAUUCGUGGGACACCAAAAGAUUCGCAGCCCUACCAGUUACUAUGGUCAUCUAAUUAGUUACUAUGGUCCUCUAAUUAGUUACUAUGGUCAUCUAAUUAGUUACUAUGGUCCUCUAAUUAGUUACUAUGGUCAUCUAAUUAGUUACUAUGGUCCUUUAAUUAGUUACUAUGGUCAUCUAAUUAGUUACUAUGGUCAUCUAAUUAGUUACUAUGGUCAUCUAAUUAGUUACUAUGGUCAUCUAAUUAGUUACUAUGGUCCUCUAAUUAGUUACUAUGGUCAUCUAAUUAGUUACUAUGGUCCUCUAAUUAGUUACUAUGGUCAUCUAAUUAGUUACUAUGGUCCUCUAAUUAGUUACUAUGGUCAUCUA